AUGAAGAUCAUCACAAUUCGUUUAUUGUUGUUGACCAUAUUAGCUCGCUUCAUCGCAGUUAGCAUAUGCAAGUCACAAUCAUCUUUGAAAAGUCCAAAAUAUUUCAAGAAAGUGAAAGAUCAUGGUAAGUAUAUAACACUUUAAUUUAAAACAGGGUCAUUGCUCAUGCUGUUAAUUGGAUUAGAUCAAAAGCUGCAGCAUGAUAUUUUUGUUAAUUAUACUUUACUUAUCUAUAAUUUAUACAUAUUUGGAAGGCGGACUAAAUAAACCCGAUGGGCUUGGCGAGUAUAGCCUUCCAUACUAAAUUCUGUAAUACCAAAAAAAUGUUAGUGAAGAAAAUAACAUUUGCCUAUUGUCAGUCUAUUUUCUAAGUAAAAUGAUGCACAAAAAAAUUUGAGUCAACGUGCUUCUUUUCCAACUAUAUACAUGAAGAAAUAGACUAAGUUUGUGAAUUUCUGCGUUUUGUUGCCAUAGCAACCAACUGUAGCUGCAUGUGUUACCAAAAUUAGCAUAAUUGGAAAGAAGAAAAAUAUUUUAACAUCCCAAUUUUUAAUAUGCUGCAUAAAAUUCAAAAAUAUGAAUUUUUAAAAUGUCCAUCUGUUGUAUCAGUUGUACACUCCUGAAUCAUUUGAAACUGUAUCGAGCCACCUUAAUGAAGGCUUUGGGGGAUUGAGAACACUACGUUGAUAGGCAGUGACAAUACACACUAAGGACCUGUUCAUAUGAGCCAGGCUGGCCUGCUAAUCCCGGUGACACGCAAGGGGCAAGAUGUCGUCUCGCAUAUCGUUUCUAUAUGUUCUCGACAUGCGUUCACACGAGAACCGGGCCAGCCCCGUUGCUGGGAUCCCGCUUGAGCUCGGCGAGAUCUCGAUUUCCCGGGAUCGUAUGAGCACAAUUCAGCAUAUAGCAAAUCAAGCCGCAGGUUCGAUUGGCCUGCCGUAGGACCUGUCCUAGUGUUAAUUUUUUCGCAACCGUUCCAACACACUUGGAUUAUUCAAACUCAGCAUUCAAGUUCAACCAAGUGAAGUGCAAAAAAACAUCUUUCAAGUUCAUAUAUCAGCAUAUAUAUGCACUUAUACGGCUAGCCCGGAAAACUGGGCUGGAAAUUGUAUCACAACACAUCAGUGCUUUAUGACAUCUAGAAAGCAUAUAGAAAUUAAAAACAAGUAAGAAAUGGCAACAAAAUUAAUAAAAUACCGUCAAUAUAGCAUUUUGUAAAAUCGAAUUUCUAUAGCGCUUGUCGGGCCUAAUGUGAAACAAAUAACGACUUGGCCCGACAAAACGAGUUAGCCCGGUUUAAGGGGCCUGCCCGUCUCAUAGGUUUAGGUAAGCACAUGCAUGCAAGCUAGGUCGACAGGGUUUAUAUAUAGUGUUAAGGGGCCAAAGCUUUUAUAUACUCCUAUCAGCAUAUACUCCUAUCAGCAUAUACUCUUAUAGUCAAAAAUCAAUUGUGAUAAAAACCGUAUUGGUGUCAUUUAUGCCACAAUAGUCCCUAAAUGUUAGAUCAAAAAGUGUGGUGUGAAAUAUGGUAUGACUAUAAAAAUCAUGUUGUGUUUGAUGAAACUGAAGUUAAAGAACAAAAAAUAGCGACUUGUUAUUUGUACAUAUGCAUAUGAACCUAAGAAAUAUAAGUGCAGGUGUAGAUUUAUGAAACAUAAAAUUCGAGAUGUAAAAUUGUAACGUGAUAUAUCCUGUGGUGUAUAUAAUAUUUGAUCCGACCCAAAGGGUAUGAUCGCGCUGUACUAAAUUAAGCUUGUAUGGAGCAUGUAAAAUUAAGCGAGAGAAGGGGACUGUUAUGUAUGCAAAAUUCAGUAUCCCUUCCGCGUCUGCUGUAUGCCUUCCGCUAUGGGCUCGUCAGCAGGGAUUUGGGGUUGGCAUAUGUGUAAGAAGGAUAGAAUGAACCGAUUUGGAUUACAGAGUCAGUCAGAGUCCGUCAACGGUCUGCCGAAAGUCAUGGGUUUUCUCCGAAUGCUCCGGGUUCCACGGGGAAAGUUGACAGGGUGGAUUAGGAUAGACACAGUUAAGAAAAUAAUUUCACAGUUAUUGUAAAGAUAUAAUAAUUAUAGCUAAGCGUAAUAUAUAAGCGCAUUUGAUCUUAUUCACCGGCCGCAGUAAAUUUGCGCUAUAUAGAAAUGCUAAUAGUAAUCGUAAUCAUUAUAUGUUUAGUUAACAUUAAAAGAGAAUGAUAGUCAGCCUAACCAGUACUAUGAUCCCAGACUAUACAAACCAUUUGACGGUGUAGCACGUUGGAGAGAUUCUGCCCAAGUUGCAUCGCAAAGGCCUUGGGAGCUGAGUAGCACAAAUUAAUAGAAAUCCCCCAAAAUAUAACGAUCUUGAUCAGGAGCAGCUGUAGAUAAUGUCAAAUUAUAUAUCCAAUAAGUCCUGGGCAAAGUGCUGAGAAGCAGGGGAGGCGCUAGACCUCAGUUUGAAUUGGGUGCAUGUGUAACUGAAAUUUGCCGAGUUAAGUAAUAGAAAUUUUACCGAUAUUUUUUAUUCAUUCAUUAAUUAUUUAUAAAACUCUAAAAACUGUAAAUACAGUAUUUUAAAACGCUAAACCACUCGAACCACUUUCAAAACCAUGUUAAAAUUUGUGCGCAUAUUUGGUAACCCGGACGAUGCCAGCAGACAUUCAAUGAUAUAGCAUAUUAUAUUUAACAAUUGUUGAAUGAGGUUGAGCACGAUAUGAAGAAUUAUCAAGCCCGAAGUUUGCCGUUGUCAACCGAAGCCGAAGGCUGAGGUUGAUAACGGCAAACUGAGGGCUUGAUAAUUCUUCAUAUUGUGCGAAAACCGAAUUCAAUAAUUGUUUUAUUAUUUAUUUAAAAAAUUCAAAACAAACAUUUGUAUUUUAUUUGUAUUAAGAAAAAACAAUUCCUUAGUCCUUCUGGCAGCCGUCGUUGCGUCAUAUCAAUGGCGUCAGCGAGUCAAUAUGAUUCUCGUUGUCAUAGUAAUAUGGCGCAAACGCGUCCAAAUUUUUUUCAUAUUGACUCUUUGACGUCAUUUUGCUAAUAUGAAUGUGAAAUAUCCGUAUUUGGUUAGCCAUUGAGUUGAUAUGACAAUUUCACAGUUGGCUGUUAGCCAAUCAGAAACCAAGGAUUUUUGAAAUAAAUAAUAAUAGUAUAUAAGUAUAUUAGUAUAUUCGUAAAAAAAUAUUAUCAACUAACGAAAUUGUGUUUUCAAAACAAUAGGCGAAUCAUUGCCACCAAACGAAAUUAUAUCCAGUCAUACCGUCCAUUCCAAAGUUGAAUGUUCCUUGAGAUGUCUUCAAAAAUUAAUAUGCGUGGGUUACAACUACAGACCUAAAUCAAAUAAAUAUGCAGUGAAUUGUCAACUCAGCAAUAAAACUCAAGACGGAGAAAGUGAUGAAAGUGGAGAGUGGAGGUUUUAUCAAGAUCUGGAAACGGUGAGUAACGAACUUCAUCAUAAUAUAAAUGCUCAACAAAGACCCAGAAACGUUUAAGUGUUGAAAGAAACACCUUAUUAUGAUGGAACCAGAAGGAUAGGUCUUUAUUUUAACGAACUUACAAUUUUCAUCCGCAUUAAAAUUCUCAAGAUAAUCUAUAUUUAUUAUAAAUGUAUUACUCCCAAAUAAUGUAAUAAUGUUGUUUUAUUUAUAUACUAGCUAGAAAUACAUGGCAGCAACCCCUGGCUUAUAUUUUCCAAACAUUGAGUUAACAUGAAGUAAUAGUAAUUGGCCAGAACUGAACGCAGCAGGCUCGCGUAGUGCAUCACGUUUUGCCAUCGCAAGUCGCAACACGAUUAUUUUAAAAUUUUAAUUGUUUUUUAUAUUGAAUUAAUAAAAGAGAUAUUCAGUAAUUGCAGUGUUAAUUAAGAUUAAUUUUCUCUCCUUUACUACAUUAUAAUUUUUUUAAAACGAAACAGGGAAGGUUAGAAAGCUACAUUGUCAAGCAGGCAGUGCAUGUUUUACGCAAAACAUUAAAGCAACUAAUUCAUAAACAUUAAGUAAAACAUUGAAAGCAAACUUGCCUUUUAUUUCACGAUUUUCAUUAGAAACUCAAUUGUUUUUAUUUCUUCAAAGCAAAAUUGUUUGAAAACUCCAUUGUAUGCAACGGUUUUCCAAAUACUUGAUCAUCCCACUCGGCCACUCCUAGUAAACAGUCAAUCUUUUAAGACAUUGUGGAGGUCCACCCAUACACCAUGAUACCAUGAAACUUAUAGGCAUGCACCCGCAAUUAUUGAUGAACGUUAAACACUGAUGAAUUUAAAUACUUUCCUUUCCUCCAGGCGUAAAUAGUCGAGGGGAAUUAGGUCCCUCGCUCCGGGCUUGCACUCGGAAAGGAGCUUCCCGCCUGAUAAUAUUGCAUGAACGAUUUUCUUUCUUUCCUAGCUGACGUCGACUAACAACGAAGAGGAAAAUGAGAACUUACUAAGUGAGUGAAAUAAAUUGUAUUAUUACUGUAAGACGAUUGAUAACACAGAGCUGACGGGUAUACAUAUAUCUUGAAAGGUUUGAAAUAUAAUCCAGCCGAGACAUGAUACUAAUUUCGAACGUAUUUUUCUGAACCUUGAAAAGGCGUGGAAGUUCUUGGCAACUCAGUUGAAAAAGGUAAUAGCAUUCCUUGCGAUUUUACUGCAUCAUUUGAACAUAUUCCUCCAUGCACCUACUAGAAGUGAUUCGGCAAAAAAUUAUCCGCACGCCCGCACGGACAUUUUUACUGUUACUGUUAUAACCAGGACUGUUGAUAACUGACGAUGACUCUAUGUAUACCAGGAGGGAAGAAACAAGGGGGCCGUUCGUGGUAUCGCCCGGCCUAAAAAACAAUUUUUCCUCAUGUAUUUACCAAAAUUCCUGUUGAUGGCGAAGGGCAAACAUUUUCGAUGUCAUUUUCAAAAUGAAGCUAAUUCUUUAGUACAAUUCCUCCAAUUGCCCAAUUCUUAAGUACAAUCUGCCCGAACGAAUAUUUUUUUGAGGGAAGGGUGGUCUGCAGCCCUUAGAACCCCCUCCUACGCCUAUGCAUUGAAAAGGUUGAAGUUUUGUUUAUAGAAUGCGUUAGUUGCGCGUGCCUUCCCGUAAUUCCGGAAAAAAACAUAUGUGCUGUCCAAAACACGUGUGGUGUUCAGCCAAAGACAGAAUGAAGCCAAUAUAAUAAAAACGCUCGUUUUAAUACCAUGAUAAUGGACAGUGUUAUGUAGCAUAGAAUAUUCAUAUAUCCGCUGAAACACUUUGAUUGCACGGAUAAAAUGUGUGGCAACAGGAGUAACAGGUUUGUUGGUAGCUUUGUCAAUGACAGCACGACGAUGCUCACCAACCCUUGGCUCAAUUAAAUUGCUUCCAGUUUUCCCGAUAUUUUUAUGCCACAUUGACUGCAUGAAAUGUUAUCAGAGGCCAGGAGGACACCAGUUCAGUGCACUGAUCUGAAAUAAGACUGGGUUAAGCAUCUGCUGUGCAUAUAGUGAAGCCAAUGGCGGCCAUAUUGGAUGGCCACACAAUUAAUCUAGUCUGGUGUUGUGGACAUGUUUAACUCUUCUUUACGUUUCUAUAGUCACUAGUGGAAAAGGACAAAUAUUGCGUAGAUACGAAUAACGAAUUUAUCAUCAGUAGCCUCCCUUUUUCCCUAAAUUUGCUGGUGAGUAAAUUUGCCUCAGUCACUUCGAAGAGGUUUUGGAAGCUAUAUUUCACAAGUCACAUAGGCGAAGGUAUUUGCUUUAUAGUCUAACUGAACUUAAACAGCAAACUACUAGACAGGUCAUGAAUUUGACUGAUUUAUAAAUCUCAUCUCAUUAAAAUAUUCUGCUUCAAAAUCGGAUCACUAAAUUCAAUAGGAUGCUUUAUCCAGUUUUAUUUCAGAUCAGUGGUUCAGUGUCGUUUUUCAACAUUUGGAAAUUCAUGCCAAUGACAUCUCUCAAUUUGUAAUUGAACGGAUAAUGACGGUUAAAACUAUAGAGGAAUUUUGUUAUUACUAGGUCUAGGAAAAUUUGGGAGGUAUUUAAAAACGCGUUGUCUGAGAGAUCUAGAGAGGUGAGAUAACCACGUUGGAGAUACUGAUUACGAGUUUUGAUUAAGGAAUGUCAGGGAUCCCAAAAUACAUCACCCGACGUUCGUGAUCCUUAAUUCUAAAUUUUUUUUUGAAUUGUUUCUUAGACUGUGUACCCACUUUUAUUUAUUCUAUUAGAUGAUUUAACAAGUUGCAGGGAGUUGUACCAAACGAUGCUCAAUGGCCAGUUACCUAACGGAUGGUAUAAAUUGAAAACUUUGGAGGUAAAGUAUUAAAACACUUUGCAUGCAUGCAUGUUUUAUAUCAUUUGAACGUUCUAAGGUUGAAUUUUAAUUACAAUUGACCUCCAUCUAUAGUUACACAAUAAAAUUUUCCAUACACUUUUUAGGAAAACUUUCAUUAACAUGCACACAUGUAUUCCAAAAAUCCACACAUAUCCACAAAUAUAUCAUCACUUCGGGUAAUAUUUCGCCGAAUCCCCCGAGCGGAGAGUCUAUAAGUGAUAUAUUAUAUACCGAAAAUUAAAAGCCUGCCCUCCAAGUUGAGAAGAUAAAACUUGCCACAUACCUUCGUGAACACGACGUUUUAUUUUUUGAUGAACGCAAGUAUUUGUCACUUUUAUUUGUAUUUGCGUGAUCGUCUCGUUUGGUUUAUGCGAAUAAUACCACCCGGGUGAUAUGACCAAGUCACCGUGUGAAGAUUGAAAUCACAUGCCAACCUCGUUGGGGCGAGCUUGAUCACAUGCUACCUCAAAUACGAUGAUGUAAGGCGUGAUUCGAUGGAAAAUUGUCAUGCUCACGUGGCACUAACUUAGCUAUUUGAUUGGACAUUUUCAAUUAUUGUUUAUAGAGGCGGAACGAGGGGGAUUCGGCGAAAUAUUACCGAAAGUGAUGAUAUUUCCCGAGGGACUUAUGCCAUGCGUUGAAAAAAUAUGCCGUUCGCAAGCUGUUGUUUGUAGCUAAUUCCGUCUAAAAGAUUUAUUGAUUUACCUAAGGCCUUUUCAAAAGGUAUGUUACCUUCAUUAAUCUAAAGGAUACAGGCUUAAAUUUUUUAAAGAGAAAACCUCAAAAUAUUCUGACAUGAAUAAGAAAUUAAACAUUGUACUGUAUUCGCUUAGUUAUUCAGCAAGUUUAUUCUCAAUCUAGUGGGUCAGUCUUUAACUUUAAGUAUGAUAUCUAAUUUAUAGACCCUCCGCUCUGUAGAUUCGGAAUCCCCCUCUCUCCGAGUAUACAAAUGAUAAAAAUGACCAGGGCCUUAGCGAGGGGGUAUUGAGGGGGGGGGGGGGGUUAACCCCCCAACUUUUUUAGAAUUAACAUAUUCGGAAAUCAGGUUGGCCAUUCGGAAAAUUGUGACAAUAAUAGUAUAACAAAAGCUUAGUUGGUUAAACAGAGAAAUUAUAAUAUAAUUGUAUUGUCAGUGUAAACUGAUUUACGAAAUCAUGGCAUUUACAUGGAUAACAUUUAAAAAAUCGUUUCCUUCCCCCAUUUAGUAUUACUAAGUUGUAAGCAAAUUUAUAAAUUUAGACAUACUAAAACCCUUUUUUUACCAUCAGAAUUCUGUCAAAACUUCCCCAAAGUCCAGGAAAUGGCAUUUCAGAGACUCUAAAUUAAAAAAUUUCCCUCGAGCCUUCGGCCCUCGUUUUCAACCCCCAAUCAAAAAGAGCUUCCUUCGGCACUGCAUGCUUCUGUAAUAUGUCUGUGCGUUAAAUAUGUGUAUAUUUGUUUGUAAAUUGCAUCUUCUUUUUCCGGAUAGCAAGCACCUUCGUGGCUUCGUAUGCCAUACAAUAUACGGCCCUGAAAAUGACAUACCUUAAUUUCGAAACUUGGAUUAAAAAACGAUGAACUAUUCUUUUCUAUAGACUUAUUGCGACCUAUUAAAUAAUGGCUGGACUCUUAUUGCACGUUUCUCAAACGGUGAUCCUAAACACUGGAUUACAAAUAGUUCUUUUUGGUAUGACAAAAUGACUCCAUAUGGAGACGUAAGCAACCCUUCCACUAAUGCAGAUAUGAUUUCUACCGCUUUCUGGAAAGUUAAAGGCAAUGAGUUUAAGAUUACAAGAAGUAAUGAUGGCAGUCACACAGCUCUACUACAAACCACUUCCAAUUGUCUUCAAGGCGGAACCUUCAGAUCUAAAAUUACAAGCUUUGGGAACUUUCGUAAUGGCGCUGUCUGGGGGAGUGACCAGUGUCGUGGAAGUUGUCAAGUUAGUUACGGCGGUCAGUACAAAACUACUUCAGGUUUUGAACAGCACAGUUGCAGCAGCGAUAUUCAGAGUGGUAACUACAUUGGGUUUUGGUGUGAUUGGGAUGGUGGUGAUGGUGCAGUGAUGAUGAUUGGUGGAGGAGGCAGUGGUUGUGAAAGAGCAGAUCAUGGUAUUGGAAUAACAGAGCAUGGUGCAGCAAAGUUUGGACCAGGAGACAUGCAUCAUGAUUUUGGUAAUAUUAAUAAUUUCAAGUCUACUGCAACUACCUCGUUUUCCCUCAACCUUUGGGUUCGUUAAAUGUAUUAAUUAUCUUGACGUUACGACAAAAUAUUCAAAAAAUCUAACACACCAAGUCUUUUUAAAACUUAAUAGUAAUAUAUACUGCUCAAAAUUGAAGUGAGAUUCCAUGCGGCGUGUUUUUGCAGUGUUUAUUUGGAAAUGUAAUUGAUUGAACUCAAUAAUUAGUCCAUUACGAAACAAACUUCUCCGCAAUCAUAUCAGAUUUUGUCACUACGAAACUGCGGCAAGUUUAAUUUGAAAAACGUACGUUUUUGCAGUAGUUGUAACAGCAGCCUACAGAGCAUGUAGUAACUACAUUGGAGUUUAGUGUCAUUGGGAUGGCGGGGAUAG